UCAAAAAGUGCAAAUAAAAUUCUACCUCAAAUCGGAAACUGCAAUUAACAUUACAUACACAUUUACCUUAAUAAUUUCUUAAUAAAUUAUAAUAAAUAAGCAACAGGAAGAGAUGAGAACAGAAAACAAAGAAUCAAACAAUUUGUAAUAAAAAAAAAAGUUGUCUGGCCGUUGCAAUUCAUAUACAAAAAAAAAAUCAAGCUUUUUCUACCCUUUUUCUCACCAUACCGCCAUCUAAAAACCACCCACCCUUGUGUAGGAAAAAAAAAAUACCUAGUUGACUCUUCCCGUUCUUGGGUAAAAUGAAAACCAUUAACUGUCUGUUUUCUUUUUGAUUUGAAUGAAAUUGAAAUUGAGAGCCUUAGCGCAAAUGAGUAGUGAGUGUGUGCUCUAUCAACAUUGUUUAUAAGUGUGGUGAAUGUAAUAAUGUUUCUACGCUUCUUUUUGUUGAUAAAAUUCUCCUCUUCUAUGUAAUUGAAACGGAAAGUGAAAAAUUCUAAUACCCCCAUAUGCGUAUGUUAGACGCAUAAAAUUCGACAGUUACACUGAUACCAAUUGGAUUAUAUUCAACAUUCAAUAAAACACCAGAGAUACUCACCACACCCCGAUGUAUUUCAACCAACUGCAACUUGUUGUUUAGACGGAGGAAUAUAAAAUUUAUUCUUCUCUCGUACUGUGCGCAUUGUUAUACAAAAAACCAAUACAAAUACAAUUUUUGAAUCAUACAUAACAUAAAGUGGUGAGAAUAUUGUAGAAAGAAAGAACUGACAGAGAGUGAGAGAGCAAUACAUACUAAAGAAGCCGGCCUCUUUGAAGGUAUAGUGAGUUAGUGAUUCAACAUUCAACCCCUACACACAAAUACAAUCAAAUAUUCUUAUGCUUGUGUGUGAGUGUAUAUUGUGGUGGUGAAGUGAGUGCUAUGUUACCUCUUCGUUGCUGCUACUAGCAAAUUGCUGCGAUACGUAUUGCAUCGUAGUUCGUAGAGAUACCUACAGACGACUGUCUUCGGUUUAGCUCAAUCGUUCGUUUGCCAUUCGUACGUUCGCUCUGUCAUUUGCCGCACCGUCCGUCAUCAUCAACAUCAUUGCCGCUUUGUUUUUUUUUUUUUUAUUGUAUGUCUCCUCGUCUCGUCGUCAUCAUCGUCGUCGUUUUUCGUAGAGUUUUAGACAUAUACACAAUCAAAAAAACAUAAAAAAAAAAUUUAAGCGAUUUUUUUGUGUUUGUUGAAUUUUUUUUUGACAGUAGCAAGUUUUCAACACAAGAUUCUGAUUUUUAGUGUCGCUGAUACUGUGAUAGAUACAUGACGUUUCAUAAAAAUUAAAUAUUAUUAUUGUAUGCCUAGCGCGUAUCUGACAGUGAUCGUAUAAAAUAAUAUCCGCCGGACGUUUAUAAUAAAAUAUCACAGUUUCCUCUUUGAAGAAAAACAGAAAAAAAUAUUUUAACUUGGCUUAAAUGACAGCUAUUAUCUUAUAUUUAUUUUUUAUCAAAUGACAGAAAAGGUGCAAACUUCCGGUUAAGUGCAAAGUUUUUGUUUAAAUAAUUUAUAUCACAAGAUAAAAAUUUUUUAAAAAUUGUACAAAACAAAAAAAAUAAGUUAUUACCUCAAAACAAAUUAUUCAAAAAAAAAAAUCUGUUACAAAAAAACCUCAACUCAGGUUCUGUUUUACAAAUUAUUAACAAAAAAAACCUUAAAAAUAAAAUAUUUAUAUAUUUUAUAUUGUUAAAUAUAAAACUUAAUUAAAAAAAAUGCAUAAGUUUUAAAAAAACACAAAAAAAAAUAUAUUUAAACUUAAUGUACAAAUUGUGUCGCUUUAAAAUGUUACUUGUGUAAAUGUAACAGAUUACUGAAGAACUGUUUAAAAAAAUAACCACAGACUAUAUUUCUCGGAUAUCGAACAGUAACUCAAAAAAAAAGUUACAAUGAUUAUGUUACAACAUUUAACAGCCGCGAAUCCGCACACCUUUGUUGGUGGCGGAGGUGGUGGUGAUGUUACAACAACAAUGACUGCCUCAACAACAGCAAUCUCAUCAACAUCGAAAAGCCUUGGCGGCUCAAUAUCAUCAUCAUCAUUGUCAUCAUCACCAUCACCACCAACAAUCAUCCAUCAUCGACGUUCAGAGUCGAUGAGCCCAAUGAGUUCACCUCAACGGCAAUGUCAUAGUAAUAUUCCUGCCUCACCAUCGUCAGAACACUCAAGUUCGUCACCUCAGCCAAUGACAAUUGUCGAAGAUGAUGAUCCACCAUCAGUGGCUGCUGAUCAAAGUGAAAAACAUACAACCUGCAUUAAGAGUAAUUGCAGUGAUCGUAUUGAGAAACCAACAAUUCAGCAGAGGGCUGAUGUGAUUGUUGAGCGUCGCAGAUCGGCGAGUCCGGCUGAGCCUAAUAUUUUGCAAAGGCAUCAGGAAUUCGUAAUGCUCUAUAACCACCUGCGACAGUGUAAAACCCCACCAACGGUGACAACGUCAACGACAAUAUCGCCAUCACCAUCGCCGGAAUCCAGACUAUCGACAGCGGGAUCACCGGCAACGAUCAUCAAGGGAAACUAUCAGUUUCAACAGACUCGCCGUAGUGUCAUAACGACCAGUGGCGAUGAGGAGGAUGAUCAACGUGCCAAAAACUUCCGUUCCAGUCGUCAUCCGUCCUUUACCGAUGACUCGGACGAUUUUGAUCGUAAGGAUGAGGCGAAUUGUCUCACAAUGGGUCAAGUUAGCAUAGAAGAUCACGAUGAGGAGGAGGAAGAUGAGGAAGAUCGUCCGCUAGACUUGUCUCUUAGUACUGCUCUAAGUCGGAGAAGAGCCCGCACCUAUUCCGGAGGUACUGAAGACUCCGAUGAUUCUGGGGCAGGAGCUGGCGAUGGUGAGCAUAGUGCUUUGAAGAGCGACGAGGGAAGAGCUGCUUACAAAAAGAAUCUUAUGAAGCGAUAUUUAGAUACUGAAAUUCCAAUUAUCAAACAAUCGCCAAGCCCACCACCUACAUCACUACACCAUCUGCAACAGCAACAACAACAAGCUCAGUCACAGCAUCAGUCAUCGUUAUCAGCUGUAGCGGCAGCAGCAGCCGCUGCGGCGGCUGCUCUGCAUAUUAAAUCUGAGCAUAACACUGCCUUAUCGCCACAACACCAGCAACAACAACAACAGCAGCAACAUCAAACGCAAUCGCAACACAAUGGUCCGUCAGCUCUUCAACAACAACAACAACAACAACAACAGCAACAACAACAAUCAGCGACGUCAACGCAACACAGGCCAUUGUUGCACAAUCUGUUAAGUGGAGCACCAAUUCAUAGUACGCCGUACCAUAGAAAUUAUUGCACCUCCAGUACAGGAUCUUUUCCACCCAGUCCAGCUGAUAGUGGUGUUUCGGAUGUAGAUAGCUCCAGUUCGGGUGGCCAACCAUGCAGCGAAGAAUUAAAGGCGCGUUUGGGUAUGCCACCACAUUGUCCACCACAAGGACAUGUACCAAAUGGUACAUUUUUACAUCCAAAUUUCUAUCACAAUUCGCCACCUCUACGGAAUAUUUGGAAUCGUGGAGUUGGAUUGCCAGACAAUUAUUACCUUCCCAUGCCAUCUGGCGGUGGUUCGGGUAACGGAAGUAAUGGUGGGGUCGGUGGAGGUGGUGGAAAUGCGGGAGGUGGAGGCGGUGGUGGAACCACAAAUGGCUACGCGAGCUCACCACACUUUACCACACCUUCCCCGCCACGUACCAACAAUGGUGCCCCACCAUCGCAUCAUUCCAUCCAGCAUCACCAGCAACAGCAACAUGCGCCACACCACCAACACCACCCGCAUCAUCACCAUCAUCAUCCACAUUCCGCGGCCGGAAAUAGCGCAGCAGCAGCUGGCAUCACCGGACCUAACCUGGGCUUACAUCCACAAAGUGUAAUCCAACCAGCGACAUCUAGUGUGAACUAUGAUCUCUCCUACAUGUUAGAGCUAGGCUUUCCACCACGGAAACUCAAGAAACCACGCAAGCCGAAGAUCGAAAUGGGCGUCAAGAGGCGCAGCCGAGAAGGUUCCACGACCUAUCUGUGGGAAUUCCUUCUUAAGCUCCUCCAAGACCGUGAAUACUGUCCGCGUUUCAUCAAGUGGACCAACAGGGAAAAAGGUGUCUUUAAGUUGGUCGAUUCCAAGGCUGUCUCACGUCUAUGGGGCAUGCACAAAAAUAAACCAGACAUGAACUACGAAACAAUGGGUCGUGCGUUAAGGUACUAUUACCAGCGAGGUAUCCUAGCCAAAGUUGAUGGUCAACGGCUGGUCUAUCAGUUUGUCGAUGUGCCAAAGGACAUAAUCGAAAUCGACUGUAAUGGAGUGUAGACAUAAGAAUUGUGAUGCGUGGAGGCUUAAGAAUAAAAAUAAUACUAAUACACAUAAUUUGUACAAAAUUUAAAAAAAAAAUAAACACACUGUGUAUGUGUAUCGUAAGAACAAAAAACAUUUCGAAUUUAGAACAAAAUUUUUCAGUGGAAUUUCUUUCCAAUAAAAAAAAAGAAAACAACAAAAAAAACCAUAAAUUUAAUUAAAAAAAAUUACUUUAGGUCAAAUCUAGUUAAAUAAAAUAAAGUAAAAUAAAAAUUGUUAAAAAUAACUUAUUUUUUCAAAACAAAUUAAAAAAAAAAAACUGUAAAUUGUCUAAUUUAUAAUUUUUAUUAGUUAUGAUGAGUUGCUCUUUUUUAUUUGUAAUAUUUUAAAUUUUUUUUAUAAAAAAAAAAACUGCUGGACAUAUUUUUAGUUAUUGUUUUAUUAUUUUUUAUAAUCAAAUUUCUUUGUUAAUUAUUAUUAAGUAAAAAUUAUAUAAAAUAGUUUUUCUUUUAGUUUUGAAUUUUGUUAGAUUUCUUGCUAUAAGAUCCAACUCUCGUGUAAUAUUACCGUUAAAAUAUAUACAUACAUAAUAUUCUAUAUAUACAUAAUAUUUUUUUUCUUUUUUAAAGUUUUCUUCCUAAAUGAUUGAAAAAAACAAUAAAUGGAAAAACCUUUAACCCAAACAAAUACCUAAAUGUAAAAAAAAAUCUUAAUAAUUUGACCACCAACCAAGGAUCACUGCCUAAUUUGUAUUUUUUUUUUUUAAUUAAUAUUUGUUUGCAAACAAAAAAAGCAAAGAAAAUUAGAACUGUACAGUUAUUUUUUUAUACAAACACAAACAAAAAAAUAUAAAUGAUCUAACGUUAUUGUAAAUUUUGUUAAUUAUUUUCUCGUUUUUAUUUUUAAAAAAUAUUUUAUGUAUAGAUUUUUUGUCAUUUUGUAGAUUAUUAUUUUUAAGAUUUUAUUCAAAUUUAACUAAGAAAAAACAUGUAUUUGCUUUAGUUAUUUUUUUUUUCUUGUUUAAUUAAUAUAGUUUUUUUAUAAUUAUUAUAAUAAUUUUUUCUUUCUCUGUGUAUAGUU